AUGAUUAGCAUUUCUGACAUGGCGUUUGCCUUUCGUAAAGGCCCCAUUGUGCCGCCCCAGCACGCCGGCCAGCAGCAGUACAGCAACGCCAACAUGCAGGCCCAGCAGCGCAUCGACGCCGAGCGCCGCGAAAAGAUGCGGCGCAUCGCCCGGAACCCGACCGACAAGAAUAUUCCAGAGGGCGUAGAGGACAUUUGCAUCGGCGAUGGCGUCGUCCGCUACAAGGAGUUGCGCGAGGUCGAGCGCAAUCUCGAUGCGACCAUGAUGCGGAAAAAGCUCGACGUGAUGGACUCCAAGCACCACUCGCGCGCCUCGCGCUACGGCACCAUGCGCAUAUGGAUCUCCAACACCGUCGAGAACCAGCCCUGGCAGAGCACUGGAAUCGAUGCCGACGCAUUCGAUUUUGAGAGCAACACGAAUGCGACGUACCGCGUGAAGAUCCAGGGCCGUUUGCUGGACGAGGAGGGCGACGAGGGUCUUGAGGAUGAGGAGGACGAGAAGGACGCAGAUGCCAUGGACGAGGACAGCGAGCCGAAGCCUGCAGUGAAGCCCAAGCCGUUCUCAAAUUACUUCAGCUCCAUCACCAUCGACUUCGACCGCGCCAAGAGCUUGCAACCCGACAAUUUUACCCAGAUCGAGUGGAAGCGCCCGGACCAGCCUGGCGCAAAGGAGACAACUUUCAGCGAGCUGGAAUUCGAGCGCAAGGGCGACGAGAACAUCAACAUCACGGUCAACUUGCAGCGAUUCCAGAAUCCCGAGAUCUUCCGCCUUAGCAAACCCCUCGCAGAACUACUAGACACCGACGAAGAAGACCGCGCCGGUGUGCUGAUGGGCAUCUGGGAGUACGCGCGAGCGCAACACCUACAGCAAGACGAUGACGAGCGCAAAUUCGCAUGCGACGCCAAGCUCAAGGCUCUUUUCGGCGGCCAGGACUCGUUCUACUUCCCCAACCUGCCGCAGCUCAUCAAGCCGCACUUGACCACCCUCCCGCCGAUCCAACUCCAAUACACGAUCCGCGUCGACAAGGACUACAUCUCACCACCAGCGGACUCUGGCAAGGUGGCGUCAGAGCCCACCAUCUACGACGUCCAAGUCGCGCUCGAAGACCCUAUGCAGCCGCUCUUCCAAGACAUCCUCCGCCGCCCAGACAGCAUCCAAACACUUCAAGAAAUCCAGAAGCUCGACGAGCAAAUCGUGCUCCUCAUGGGCGCAAUCGGCCAAUCGAAGGCCAAGCACGCCUUUUUCACCAGCAUGUCCAAGGACCCCGUUGCGUUCGUCAAGCGCUGGCUGUCGUCGCAGAGGCGUGACCUCGAGGUCCUGCUCGGUGAGGCGACACGAGGAGGCGGCGAAGACGCAUCUGGCGAGGAAUGGCGUCGCGGAGGUGCCGAUGGCGUAUGGGGCACUGACGUUGCCAAAGAGAGCGUGGCGCUGUGGUUAGCAAGGCAGAACAUCAAGACCCACUAGGGGUGGCGUGGCGAUUGACAGUCUUAUGGGAUCAAAGGAAUUGGAAAUGGGACUGGCGUUUUGAUUGGUAUACCCUAGCAGAGACGGAAGCGAGGCUGUAUGAAGCGGACGGUUCGUCAGACCUGGUAGUCUCAAAUUGAAAUAUUUAAGCCGCGCUGGGAUCUGAGAUGCUCUGUGGUGUUCCCAAAUAUGACGUUUAAGAGGGGU